CUGUUUGAGGAUUCUAAAGAAAACUCUUCUCCAAACGCGGCCGCAGCUUCAUCUUCUCCGUCCAAAACCCUAAUCCGAGAAGUCAAUGGCACCGAAGAAGGAGAAGGCACCUCCACCAUCAUCCAAGCCUGCCAAAUCAGGUGGAGGAAAGCAGAAGAAGAAGAAAUGGAGUAAGGGAAAGCAAAAGGAGAAGGUGAACAACAUGGUGUUGUUUGAUCAAGCUAGUUAUGACAAACUUCUUACUGAAGCUCCCAAAUACAAGCUUAUCACUCCCUCAGUAUUGUCCGACAGAUUGAGGAUUAAUGGAUCUUUGGCUAGAAGAGCAAUCAAGGAUUUGACGGCAAAAGGUCUCAUCAGGAUGGUAUCUUCUCAUGCCAGUCAGCAGAUUUACACCAGAGCCACUAAUACCUAGAUGAAAGAUAAUUAGAGUUGCAUUGUCAGUUUCAGUUUCAUAGACUGGUCAUGGACUAGCUGUUAUUUUUCUUCUCUAGAUUUCAAGAUCUCGUUUCUCUGGUAAUGAUAACUUAAUAUUGCACCUUCUUUUAGUUGAAAAUGAUUUUCUUUGUUUGUUUGAAUUGUGCUUCUAUCUCUUUCAAAUGAGCAUAUGCUGGUACAUUAUGUUUCCAAUUGGUUUCAUGAAAAUGAUUUUCUUUGUUUGAA